AUGUAUUGUUUGCAAUGGCUGAUUCCCGUGCUGCUAAUACCAAAACCUGUGCAUCCGGCGUUGGUGAAUACCCACGUAAUGUUCAUGGUGUUGUACCUGAUCGGAUUUUUCUUAGAAAGGAAGCCAUGUACCGUGUGCAGUGUAGUUUUUCUUGCAGCGGUCAUCCUAAUAUGUUAUAGUGGCAUAGGAAAUUGCUUAUUUUGGGGUAGUCAGUGCGAAAGUGAGAAAUACGACACCUAG